AUGGCCCUGGAAGUGAAGGUGCACAGGGUGACAGGGCUUCCUGGAACCCGAGAAAGACAGGUGCAGCUUAGCUUCCGAGGCUUUACCCAGAAAACAAGGAGAAUUCAUUGUGGCCAUGAAGCUGAUAUUGGCGAGUUUUUCCGGUGGCCCCAUUACGGGGCCCUGCUGGCUCAGGAGUUCCUAUCAGUCCAGGUGGUUAACUGCAGCCGGCUAUUCAGCCCUAGGAUCCUGGGAACGCUCGUGAUCUCCCUACAGCACUUACAGAGUGUUGGGCAUCUAGUUUUGAAAGAGGCUCUGGUAGACAGGAACCAGUGCUUGUCCCAGAUCCAGGUAGAGUUAGAUCUCAAAUACCAGCCCCCAGAUGGUGCUGCUGGAGCUUGGACUGAGGAGGACUUUGUAUCUCACAUCAGAAACAGCUCAGAACUGACCAUCCGGAAUGUGGGCUUCCAGGAGCUGGAGCCCCAAGAGUCAAGUGCACUGGAUCGUAGAGCUGUUGCCUUGGGCCAGAGGUUGGCUCGAGGCCUGGGCCCACCCCAGGAAGAGGAGGAUGAUGAGUGGGACCUGGAGGAAGAGCCAGAGGAUGAAAUCUCAGGGGUUGUGUUCAGCCCCAUCAAAAGCCGAGCCAGGGACAUCUCUAGAAGAGAUCCCCACCAGGUGCCCAAAGCCCAGGCUUUCCAGGUCAGUGUCACAGUUCUAGAGGCCCAGAAGCUGGUGGGAGUCAACAUUAACCCAUAUGUGGUCGUGAGGGUAGGGGAGCAGCGCCGGGAGACUGCCAAGCAGCGGGGGACCAACUGCCCUUUCUUCAAUGAGCAUUUCUUGUUCGAAUUUCACGAAACCAGGGAACGUCUGCACGAAUUGCUGCUUGAAAUCACGGUGUUCCAUUCCCAGACGCUCCCCUUUCUGGCCACUCGGAUCGGCACCUUCAGAAUGGACCUGGGCAUCGUCUGCGACCAGCCGGACAGCCGCUUCUCUCAGAAAUGGGCCGUGCUCCACGACCCCCAGGACACCCACGCUGGGGCCAAAGGCUUUGUCAAAGUGACCCUCACCGUGACGGCUCGGGGAGAGCUGACCCGGCCUCUGCCUCCAUCUCCGCCGGGCCACAGUCCAGAUAUUGAGAAGAACCUACUACUUCCCAGAGGAUUUCCUGCUGAUCGGCAGUGGGCACGUCUCAGCGUCCGCCUCUACCGGGCCAAGGGUCUCCCUGCUUUCAGCCCUGGAUUCCUGGGUGGUCUGGUCCGAGUUGUGCGGGACCAGCGAGUCUUAGUGGAUCCUUACAUUAGAGUGUCCUUCUUGGGGCAACAGGGGGAGACUUCGGUGCAGAGUGAGACCACAGAUCCUGAGUGGAAUGAGCAGCUGAAUUUUAUGGAGCUGUUUCCACCUCUCACCUCCCGGAUCCGUCUGCAGCUGAUGGAUGAUGCUCAAAUGGGUGAUGUGCCCAUUGCCACCCAUGUCCUGGACCUGAGGCAGAUCUCCCACCCAGGCCGUGCAGUGGGGUUUAAGCCUACCUUUGGUCCCACCUGGGUUCCUCUCUAUGGUUCUCCCCCCACUGGGGGCCUUCGAGAUAGUCUUCAUGGCCUCAACAGUGGCCAAGGCCGUGGUGUCUGGUUCCGGGGACGUCUGCUGCUAGCUGUGGCACUGGAGAUGUUUGGGGGUGGGGCCCGUCCUGAGCCCCAUCAGGUUCCAAAAGGCUCCAGAUUAACCCAGAUGGCCAAGAAGAAAAAGAAGGGCCAGAAAACUCAGGGCCCAGCCAAGGAACCUGAACAGCCAAAUGUAACCCAAGAUGGGCCAGAGCUGCCCAGCUCCGUGGGAGUAGAGGUGGAAGAACUGUAUCCACUUCCUGAGCAAGCUCUGGCUGCCUGUGAGGAUUUCCUGCUCUUUGCUGUCCUCUUUGAGGCCACAAUGAUUGACCCUUCUGUGGGCUCCCAACCCAUCAGCUUUGAGAUCUCCAUUGGAAGUGCUGGCCAUCGGGAGGAAUCGCUGAGCCACAGAUCACAGGACAGAGAAGUUGAAGCUGGAGCCAGAAUGGACGCUCAAACCAAGGAGACCCAACCUCUUCUAGAACUUGACCCAGAACCUGAGACCAGAGCAGGGCUUGAUGGGCUUAGAGAACCUGGGGAGCCAAUGGGAAUACCAGGGCAGCAACCAGAGCCCAUGGAAGGCGAUGGGCCCUAUCUUUGCCUGCCUCUACGAUAUGAAAAACCAUGUGUUCAUGUUUGGAGUCGCUGGGAAGACCAUACCUGGCGCUUUCAAAACAGCAAUUGUAUCAAGAAAGUAGCUGAGAGGCUGGAUCAGGGACUACAGGAAACAGAGAGGCUGCUGAGGAGACCAGGACCCGGUGCAUGGGCGAGGCUAAGGCAAGCCCUAGAAGAACUGGUGGCUGGGAGCAGGCAGUACUGUCGGGAUGUGGAGAGAAGAACGAUGACCCGGCCCAAUGCUCUGGAUCGGAGCCGCAGGAAGAUGCUGACUCAUAGCAUGGCUAUAGCUUCCCGGCAGGGCCUGCGCCUCCUUGGGGGUUUGAGGCCCAGCAAUGUGGACCAGAAGGUGAUGGAGGCCAAGAGGAUCCUGACCAAGCUUUAUUUCCUUUUUCAGGAGCCCCAGCCACCUCUUCCAGAUGUGUUGGUCUGGAUGUUCAGUGGGCAGCGGCGUGUGGCCCUUGCUCGGAUCCCAGCCCAAGAUGUGUUAUUUUCUGUGGUGGAAGAAGAACGUGGAAGGGACUGUGGAAGGAUCCAGAGUCUGCUGCUCACUGUACCUGGAGCUCCUCCUGGUGAGGUCUGUGCCAAGUUGGAGCUGCUUCUAUGGCUGGGGCAUGGGAGACAUGCCAAGGCCUGUACCCAGGAGCUCCCCCCGGAGUUGCUCCCCCAACCCUUGGGAGGGCUGCCUCACACCUUACACAGAGAUGACUUCAGCUACUUCCAGCUCCGAGCUCACCUCUACCAAGCAAGGGGGGUCCUGGCUGCCGAUGACAGUGGCCUCUCUGAUCCCUUUGCCCAUGUUCUUAUCUCUACCCAGUGCCAGUCCACACGGGUCCUGGAGCAGACCCUGAGCCCCCUGUGGGAUGAGCUCCUAGUGUUUGAGCAGCUGAUUAUAGAUGGAAGGAGGGAGCAGCUUCCUGCCGAGCCGCCCCUGAUCACCAUCAAUGUCUUUGACUACAACAAGUUUGGUCCCCCUGUAUUCCUAGGCCGGGCGCUGGCAGCUCCUCAGGUCAAGCUGAUCGAAGAAUCCUACCGUGGCCCCGAGCUGCAGUUCUUCCCCCUGACCAAGGGUCCCCAGGUUGCCGGGGAGCUCAUUGCCACCUUUGAGCUCAUUGAGCUGGAUUACAGCAGCAGGCUUGAGCCCUCAGUGCCACAAGAUGUAGAGCCCCAGGACCUGGAAUUUCUGCGUGACUCCACCUCUGGACGCCUCUCCCUACCCCCGGGGGUUCGACCCCUGCUCAAGGAGUUCCGAAUUGAGGUGCUGUUCUGGGGUCUUCGGGGCUUGGGCCGGGUACACCUGUUUGUGGUGGAGCAGCCACAAGUCGUCCUGGAGAUUGGGGGCCAGCGGGUAGAGUCUGAGAUUCUGAGUAGUUACCGAGAGAAUCCCAACUUCACAGAACUGGUCAAGCAUCUGACUGUGGAUCUCCCUGAGCAACCAUAUCUGCAGCCCCCACUCAGUAUCCUUGUGAUUGAGCGCCGAGCUUUCGGCCGCACAGUUCUUGUGGGCUCCCACAUUGUCCCUCACGUCCUUCAGUUUGCCCUCCAGGAGCCCACAGAACUCUCUGAGGAGGAGAGGGAUAGGGGACCCCAAGGAUGGAAAUCCCCAGAUUCCUCUUUGGUACGGCAGCCCCCUGAAGCUGGGACUUCCCAAGAGCUGCUGACUAGGCCCCUUAAGAAGUUGCCUCGAAGCAGCCUCUUGGAGAAAGGGCAUCAGUUUCAAGAAGAUGUACCUGAGCUUGAUGAGCUGGAUUGGUGGUCUAAGUACUAUGCCUCCCUGCAGGAGCUUGGGGACCAGAUGACCAUGGAUGAGGAUGACAAUGAAGAUGCUGAGUUUUCAGAUAUGCUGAAUCCCUUUCCUGGGGACAUGGAGAUUCAAGAUGGGGUCAAGGUUAAAGCUGAGGGCCCAGUAUCCCAGAGAAAACCCAUUGCUACUCUGAAGAUUUACAGCUCACCACUGGAGGAUGAAUUUGGCCAAUUUGAAGACUGGCUGCAUGUGUUCCCCCUGUAUCGAGGUCGUGGGGGUCGUGAUGGGGAUGGAGAUGAGGACAGGCCUGGAUAUCCCAUGGGCAAGUUCAAGGGUUCCUUCCUCAUUUAUCCAGAGUCGAAGUCACUCUCUGAGCCCCGAAUUUCACUUGGGUUACCCCAGAAUCGUCCUAUAAAGCUGCUUGUUCGUGUGUAUGUUGUAAAGGCCACCAGUCUUGCCCCUGCAGACCCCAAUGGCAAAGCAGACCCGUACGUGGUGGUGAGCGUAGGCCGAGAUCGCAAAGACACCAAGGAGCGCUAUAUCCCCAAGCAGCUGAACCCCAUCUUUGGAGAGGUCCUGGAGCUAAAUGUCUCCCUUCCUGCUGAGACCGAGCUCCUGGUGGCUGUAUUUGACCAUGACCUGGUGGGCUCUGAUGACCUCAUUGGAGAGACCCGGAUUGACCUGGAAAAUCGCUUUUAUAGCCACCACCGAGCUCAUUGUGGGCUAGCUUCCCACUACGACACGGAAGGCUACAAUGCAUGGCGGGAUGCCCUCAAACCCUCUCAGGUGCUGGCCAGCCUGUGUCAGCGCAGUGGCCUCCCUGCCCCCGAGUACCGCCCUGGGGAGGUCAAAGUGGGCAGCAAACUCUUCCAGGUGCCUCCAGGGGCCCCUUCUGCAGGUGGGAGAGGCCAGGAGGUGAACCCUAACACCUCAGAGGAGGAGCAAGCCCUGUCUGUGCUGCUGCGGUGGAGGGAGAUGCCCCAGCAUGGCUGCUCACUGGUACCUGAGCACGUGGAGACCCGGCCCCUGUACCACCCAAGCAGCCCGGGUUUGUUGCAGGGUUUCUUACACAUGUGGGUGGACAUUUUUCCCAAUGAUGUGCCAGCCCCACCCCCUGUGGACAUCAAGCCUCGACAACCAAUCAGUUAUGAGCUCCGAGUUAUCAUCUGGAAUACUGAGGAUGUGGUCCUGGAUGACGUGAAUCCCCUCACUGGGGAGAUGUCUAGUGACAUCUAUGUGAAGAGCUGGGUGAAGGGUUUGGAAUUCGACAAGCAGGAGACAGAUGUCCACUUCAACUCACUGACCGGGGAGGGGAACUUUAACUGGCGAUUUGUGUUCCGCUUCGACUAUCUGCCCACGGAGCAGGAGGUGAGCGUCAAAAGAAAACCCAGUCCCUUUGCCCUGGAAGAUGCUGAGUUCCGACAGCCCGCAGUGCUGGUGCUACAGGUCUGGGAUUAUGAUCGGAUUUCUGCCAACGACUUUCUCGGGUCCCUGGAGUUACAACUGCCAAAUAUGGUUCGGGGCUCUCGAGAGUCAAACCUAUGCACCAUUCGCCUGGCCCAGGAUAGGGCCAGUCCUCGCUGCAGUCUCUUCCGCUCACGUCGUAUGCGUGGAUGGUGGCCAUUUGUGAAGCUACGUGAGCCUGAGGACUUAGAACGUGAGAAGCAGGAGGCUGAGGGCCGUGGGAAAAAGAGGAAAAAGAGGAGGAAGGCCAAGCCUGAAGAUAUCGAAUUCACUGACUCCAGUGGAAAUGUCUACAUCCUGACGGGGAAAGUGGAGGCUGAGUUUGAACUGCUGACUGUGGAGGAGGCUGAGAAACAUCCUGUAGGGAAAGGGAGGAAGGAGCCUGAGGCCCUGGAAAAGCCCAACCGCCCUAAGACCUCCUUCAACUGGUUUGUGAAUCCACUGAAAACCUUUGUCUUCUUCAUAUGGCGCAGAUAUUGGCAUAUCCUGGUGCUGCUAUUGGUCCUGGCCCUUCUCACCAUCUUCCUCCUCCUCGUCUUCUAUACCAUUCCUGGUCAGAUCAGCGAGGUCAUCUUCCGCCCCCUCCACUAAUCCCCACUCACACUGGUCAAAGUUUAUUUUUCA